AUGGCUCAGGGUUGGAAGGCCUUCACGCCGAAGGAGGUGGAUACUAGGCUUUGCCAAGCCAGGACUUGGUGUCAUGGCCGAGGAGGCCAAUGCACUAACGUGGCCACCUCGGAGCAUCGUUUGUGUACCAGCCACGAGAAGCAGCUCACAGGCAAAGGUCUCGCCCAUGGCUUCGUAACGGGGCCCAUCCCGGCAUCGAAGCUCCAGGAGUUUGAGGUCUUCGCGCUCCAACUGGCUCGAUCCACCGAGCGCAGCACAUUUGCGCAGCCGGCGCCUCGGAGCAGAGCGGACUUACCUGGAAAAAGGUGUUUGGUUGACGUGGAGAUCUCCGGCCGUGAGGAUGAGAUCAGCAAGUCAAAGCGCUUGCGAUAUCUCCGAAUGAAGGAGCGACAAGGCAAUCAUGGUCCUGACAAGCGGCCUUUUCAGGAGCGCCUUCAGCAAUCACGCUUGGUUCGUCCCGCGUCUUCAACUAGCUCCAGUAGCAGUGACAGCAGCAGCGACAGUGAGUCGACUGCACGCAGCUGCGGCCAUGCACAGCGGUCUGCCGAGCGUGCAAGCCGUGCGCGGGCGUGCGCGGAGCGGAUUCGGGGCCUCCUCUCGUUGGGCAGCCAAAACGCUGUGUCUCGUUUGGGCCCGGAGGGUCUGAAGUGUAUCUGGUAG